UGUCCGGUAGAGUUUACACCUUCCCUUCCUUUUCAAUUUUAUGUUACCCGGAAGAAAGUACCGUGUAUUUUAAGUACAGGUGUAGUGUCAACGUGGUGUCCGGCGUCUGGGCCCCCAUAUGAUACACGAGAAGGGUUCAUCCAGAGCUGAUAUCUUUUCCGUGUGCUAACAUACAGUAGGCCUAUAGUCUACAGCACAGAUGCACACAGAGCAGCACAGAGAAUAACUUUUAAAUCUAUAAGCUGUAAGAUGAUGAAGACAAGAAGUGGCAAAACUUUAUCUGAGAAUGGUGAGGGUGUCCCGUUGAAAACAGAUAACAACAAUGACAAACAGAUGAACAGAACAUUCUACAUCAUUUUCUUCUCUCUUAUCCUUGACCUGCUGGCAUUCACCGUGAUUCUACCGCUACUUCCAUCAUUAUUGGAGCAUUACAGUCACCAUGAUGAGUCUGGACUUUACUCAGCCAUAAAAAAUAGUGUGUCAAGUUUUCGGAACUUUGUUGGGGCACCAGACACGGCUAGAUGGAAUUCUGUUUUGUUUGGAGGUCUGAUAGGUUCACUGUUCUCGAUGUUACAGUUCCUGACUUCACCAAUUAUAGGAGCAGCAUCAGAUGUUUACGGAAGAAGACCUUUGAUGCUGAUCUGCCUGAUUGGCAUCUCUUUUUCCUAUGUUCUGUGGGCAUUGUCUCAGUCUUUCUUGCUCUUUGUAAUUGCGAGAAUCUUUGGAGGGAUCAGCAAAGGCAAUGUCAGCUUGUGCACUGCUAUUGUGACGGAUGUGUCGACCCCUCAGAAACGUGGAAAGGGAAUGGCAUUGAUAGGAAUAGCGUUUUCCAUUGGAUUUGUAUUUGGUCCCACUAUUGGAGCUGCCUUCUCCCGACUCAACCGGGAAGAAGGGAACAGCGUGUUCUUUGUGAUGCCAGCCCUGUUUGCUCUCGUCCUGUCUGUCGCUGAUUUUGCCUUCAUGUACCUCUAUCUGUCGGAGACAUUGCCUUCCAACAAACGAUUGAAGUCCAAACGAUUUCUGUCUCAAGCUGCUGAGUACAUCAACCCCUUGUCGCUGUUCAGGUUUUCUUCGGUCAGCAAGCUCUCAGCCAAUGAGUCAACUGCUGUUCAGAGUAUUGGAUCAAUCUACUUCAUAUAUCUGUUCAUCUACUCUGGUCUGGAGUUUACUUUGCCUUUCCUCAUGCACAAUCGUUUUGAGUACACCAGUAUGCAACAAGGCAAAAUGUUUUUCUUCAUCGGUACUGUCAUGGCACUUGUCCAAGGUGGCUACACAAGACGAGUCACCUCUGGCAAAGAGGCCAAAACUGCCAUGCGGGGCAUCUUAAUUCUCAUUCCAUCCUUUAUCUUGAUGGCUUUUGUCACCAACACAGUUCUGAUGUAUACAGCACUCACUUUGUUUUCGUUUGCAUCAGCCACGGUGGUUCCAUGCAUGACCACCCUCAUCUCAACCUACGGUGGCGACGAUGAGAAGGGAACCAUAAUGGGCAUCUUCAGGUCUCUGGGUGCUCUGUCCCGUGCUGUUGGCCCGGUCUUGGCUUCCACAGUAUACUGGUGUUUUGGUGCCCAUGUUUGCUACAUCAUGGGUGCAGUUUUCCUGAUUAUACCACUGGCUCAGAUAGCGAAACAACAGCAUUGCAGCAAACCUGAAUAGACAGCAUAAUUGGUUACACGCAUGGGUUAAUAUUAAUUUUCCAUUUAUUUUGAAGAAAAUGUAGUGUAAUAUCAUGUCUAGAAAAGACUUUGAUGCUUUAAAGGCAGACGUCAAUUUAUUUUAAGUCAGUUUUGGAGAAAAUUUGUUUUUAACACUUUCAUGUUGAAGAUAUCUAUGGAGGAAUACAGAAAGAAAUGUAAUAAGAUUCAUCUGUUGAGUAUGAUUAUGUUUAUGACUUUAAAAUAUAGAGGGUUACUUUUCUAUUAUUUUGCUAUGCUAGAUUUGUUCUUGAUGGAAGAUUUAAUUUUUUGUUGCCAUUGAGGAUGGUUUUACUGUGGCACUAAUGCAGAGCUGACAUGGCUUGUUUUUUUUGUUUUUUUUGUUUUUUGUUUUUUAUCAUUUAUCAUUGAAUAUUUCAAUUUCAAACCAUACAGUAAAAUGUGAUUGAUUGUAUUUUUACCAUAUAUAAUUUGAUACAUAUAUAUAAGCAAAAACAAAAUAUAUGCAAAGUUGAACUUAGUCAUGUAAACAGAAUGUAGUAAGUUAUUUACACUAGGUAAUGAUACUAUUCAACAUUUCACUCAGAUGGUAAACUGCUCUGAAUACUGAAAAAAGAGAGUUGGCAUGAAUUGAUUUGGGGGGGGGGGGUGUACAUGCCCACAUGCAACAGACACCUUCUUUGGCUAAACUAAUUUAUUGGUAAUUAAUACUUAAUAUAGAUCCAUUGUCAAAAUACAGGUGCCAAUCAUGGCCAUGAGUGAACUCCACUCAAUUAAGUGAGGCCAUGGUAAUGUCUAAAAACUUAUCCUUAGUGGGUACAUCCAGAAGACGUCUUGAGAGAACUUGAACAAAUGGGUGACCGGAAGAAACCAGGGUAAUCAUGCUGGGUUUUUUUUUAGAACAUCCAAACAGAGAAAUAAGUGGCGAACCAUGACUGCUCUUUUUUUUCAUUAUAUUCAGAUCUUGCACUUUAAGAAAGUGUUCUUAACUGUUGGGACAAUCAGUCUGUGAAUUAUCAGGUCAUGUGAUUGUGAUAUGGUUGUCGUUGAGAGAUCACUAUAUUUUUUUAAAGUGAGACUUGCCAGUUGUCCUUCACUACUUGAGUACCAGGCCACUGCCUUAUUCCCAGGGGCCUUCUGAAAGAAUCCCAGUUUGAAAUUUACAGAAUCAAUUUAUGUUUCAAGCACGCAAAAAAAAAAAGAGGUGACUCUGAAUACUUAUUGUCAUACUGCCUUUUUUUAAUCUCCCUGAAUCAGCAAGAUAGCAACGCUUUGAAGGAGUAAUCUCAAAACUUGAAAGUGGAGCUUUGACAAGUUGAAAAUUCACUUGUUCAAAAUGACACCAAAUUUGCACUGUACAAGUGGAAAGGGAAAACUGCUAGGCUUGUUGAGAAGGAAGGUGUGAGUUGAACAAAAAGAAAACACAAUUGUAGCAAUUGGUCACAGUCAGGUCAGUCUGCGCUGCUCUGUUUAUAUUCAUUUGUGUAGUAGCGUAUGAUGUGUUGCUUUGUUAAUUGCCAUGAUGAAAAUCAAAUUUCAUGAGAAAAUACAAACUAGAUUCUACUGGUGCUUUCAUUUUGUCUAAAUACUAUUGAUAGCAGGAAUUCGAAUUCUGGGUUGUACAGUAUGUUAAGUAAUGAGUUUGUCCAAAGUCUGGUCGAAAUGACUUAUUGGGAUCAAACACUUGCUUUCUGGUGUUGGUAUACUGCACCUUAGCCAAGAUAAGCACAAGGCUUUCUCUUUCCAAAGUUUGAUAGACAAUAACAGUUGCAAACUAGGUAAGUCUGAAUAAGAUCAAGUUUUAUUUUUGCCUGAAAAGAUCACUUGGAAACCCUCUUGCAUUAUGUUUUAAUGUUUUGCAAGUUUGCACAGUGAAGACUGAAAUAAAACACUGAUGCCAAAGGUGUAUACAGGUAUCUGUUUUAUGGCACCCUUAACACUUGCAUACAGUUUUCUUUAAAAGGAGAAAUAUCAGACUUACUUGGUUUGUCAUCAUUGCUACCCUCGACAUACUGUUAUCACUUCACUGGAGGCUUUUGUACUUGAACAAACAAUAUACAUGUAGUACAACGUGAGCUUAAGACGUGUAUAUUCAUAGUAACAAACAAUUGGCAAGUUCCAUUACUAUAACGUCUUCAAGACUGUGAUUAUGAAUUUCUAUAAUUUUUGAGUUAACACAAUAUGUUUUCCUUAGUUUUUCUAACUUAAAAGUGUUGAGAAAGAAAUUCUGACAGGAAAGAUGAUAGAAUGUGUGAUAAAUUUUUGCAGUGCCUUUUAACUUUGCGUGCUAUGGUCAUCAGCAACUGUUGAAAAUUAAUUAUGUUCAUGCUGUGUCUUCUAAAUGGAAGUCAUAACAAGUAUAUUUUCUCAAAUUGUGUGUACUGGAUACCAUUCUUUUCUGUUUUUAAGAAAGUUACUUUGCACUGUCAAUUUUAUUUUAUUUGGUGGUACUCAUUUUAUUUGACCACAUUUUGAGAUUUAAGUUUUGAUCGUCUUCAGGAUAAAGACGAUAAUUGCCUUAUAACAUGUUUUGUGUUCUUUAGCUUUAUUUUGGCUUCCAAGUGAUGUUGCAUCUGUUUGGGAAAGGUUUGAACGUGAACAAUGAGAAAUAUUAAUUGAUUUUUUUUUUCCUUUCUUUUUUGUUAUUAUUGUGGUGAAGGUUUUUUGUAUUGAUUGUUGGAUCCAGUUGAUUGUAUGUCUUUCCACUUCUUCUGAAGAGGUUUUGUAUCGACAUUUCUUAAAGUUAAGAUCAAUUAUUUGUGAUACUGAAUCAGUGAUAAGCUGUUAGGGUAAGUGAUCCAGUAGUCAUCAUUUUUGUAGUACAAAUUCUGACUUGUAAAAUAUUUUGCUGAAUAUCCUGAGUUUUUUGGGGUUUUUUUAAACUUUUAUAUUUAAAAAACUACAGUUGAUAUUAGAAAAUUGAUAUUUGCUCGGACAUCAAAAAUUGCACCAUAUUAUGAUAAGUUUGCACUUUCUUCAGUAGCACAAAUCACUUAAGGCACUCUAGACUUGCCAAGAGAAAAUUAUGCUUUAUAUAUAUCAUCUUACAAGUUAAUCUUCUGAUCAAAAUCUUUUAUGACUUUAUGUAUUUGUCUUGUUUUUGUAUAGAUUUAUUCAAGCAUUACUUUUUAGCUGCAUUUUUUAUAUCAUAUUUGGAUCAAAGUUUAAUGAGGAACAUUUUGAGAUGUUUCUGCAUGAUGAUUUACAUGAAAUAAAGUGAAAAUAAUUAUAAACAGCACAGAUAGCAUAUGUGUCUAUAUAGCUUGACACCCAGUGAGAUAAAUGAAAUGUUUCAUGUGAAUUGUCUUCCUGUCGUGCCAAUGUUGAACAUUUCAUUCAUUUUAGGCCUAUAAUUUCUGAAUGGGAAGAUCUCUUUAUUUGUAGUAGUGCUGGUUAAAAGGUUCAUUAAACAAGUUGAUUGAAGUUAUUGGACUGCAAAGCUAGUAUUUGUUUCAUUCUUAUGAAUUUGAUGUAUUCCAUAAUUCACUCAGUAUGCCAUGACAUGCAAAUGCUUUGAUAAAAACUCCAUUGCAAAAUACUUUAUAAAAAAUGCAUCCAUUGUUAUAAAAUAGAUUAUUUCCGUAAAAUUUAGAAAUCAAAACAUGCCUUUAAUAAAUAAUGAAAAAUGACGUGAUAUAGGUGUUUUAUGAACAGUUUUUAGAAUCAAAGCAAACAGCAGAAAGUCUUUGAAGAUAUUGUGAUUUAUUGUAGAAUGUGUUCAUUCUGUGAUAUUCAUUUCAUGAUAUCAUUUUCGUUUAUGUGGUUUUAUUUUCCCAAUUUGUCCUUCGAUGUUAGAUAUGACAACAAGCCAAGUUACUUUGGCACAUAAGUGUAGGCUCCAGAACAGCUGUCUGUGAGUGGGUUACAGGUGGAGCUGCUUAGCAUUAAUCUGUUCUUUUAUCUUUUAAAUAAAAUCUGUAACUACUGGAAAGAUUAACUUUGUAAUGUUGAACCCAUCACGUUUGAACUGAAUGUAAAGAAUGUAUUUGAGAAAGUCAUCAUAUAUUAACUAAAGAGAUGUAUUAUUUUCAGAACGAAUUUGACGAAUGUGUGGUAAAUUGUAUGUGACAUACAUAUCAUGUCUGCAUUUUAUCAGAGUCCCCGUUGUUGCUAUUUAAAUGUGUUGUUUGUUUUCACUAUAGAGACAAAUCUCAUGACUUCCAAGAUAUGGGUUAAUUCUCAUGUUUUCAUAAUUGUAUGAGCGAGAAACGGGGAGAGUGAGAGAGAGAGGAGGAGGAACAGAAGAAGAAUUUUUUUUUCAUAUUACAACAAAGCCAGAUUAUUAAAUCACCAACUGUUCCUUUAUUUGCCUUGAAAAAGGGGGAGUUUAUUGAUACUCCUUGUUUUCCUUUAACUUAUUACUAUGAUUUUUUUUGUUUUUACAAAAAGAAGAAUGACCUUGAGCAGAAGGAUUGCUUGUCAAAACUCUAAGAAGAGGUCCACCUUUCAGCAGUGUUGUACUUAGUUAACUUUUAAGACCAAGACAUCAAGUUCCAGGAGUGUGUGUAUAAAAAAUAGCACGCAUGGCAAGUACUGUUGUUUCUCUUCCUCUGCUUGAACAAGUGUGUUUGGUUGUUGAGAUGCGGCAGGUGGGAACACAUGUUUCACUGCACGCGUGCACAGACACACACACACUCACACACACACAUUCAAAUAACCCACGACCCAGACCCUGACUGCCAUACCCUUGACUCCAAGAUAUAUCUGUGCAGAAUCCUCAUGGGAAUAAAAUAUUUAGUGAAAAAAUAUUGGAAACAGUCCUAAAAUAAAGCAUAAUGUAUAUAUGAAAAUUCUAAAUCCAAGCUUUAUAGAUUGUAUUGCUGUAUUCAUAUAAUAUCAAAUCUAAAGACUUUAGUCGAAAGCAAUUUCUAAGUUUAGUGUAAAAGUUUGAAGCAUGCGUAUGGCAUCGGUAGCCUUGUGGUUUGGCUGCUUGACGAGCAAUUGUAAAGUCGCUGGUUCUAAUCCAGGUCCAGAUUGAAUGUCGAGUCCUUUGGAAAAACACUUUUUACAGUUUCCCACACUUCUCUCAUGUCAGAGCGGGCACCUGCUAAAGACAGUGAUAGUGAUAGAUCCUGUCAGCAUGUCAAUUGGCAGCUUGCACAGAAUGAUUUAGAAUGUUUUAUUGUAAAGCCCAUGAGGCCAACUUUUGAGCAGGGAUGUGUGCUUUAUAAAUGCAAUUAUUGCAUGUAUUAUUGUUAUUUUUAUUAUUCUUGUUUGCUGCUGACUAAAGAUACCACAUGGUUUAGAAGUUAUGUUGUGUUAUCACUCAUUGACCUUACUUUAUACAAACCACCUUUUUUUAAAAAAUUAACGAAUGUUUUACGCCCCGACAAGCACAAAGUUGGAUCAUUUAGGAGGCGGACUUCAUACCUGCCUGUGAGAGCCAAUCAGGGCUGAAUUGGAUACCACAUCCCAGCAGAAAGACCAAGAUACAUUUGAACUCGAUAAGAAUUCUCCCCGUACAGGAAUCAAACUCAGGUCUUCUGCAUAUAAUGACAGAGAACCUUAUCACUACAUCAAAGAUGCCGGUCCUUUCAACAAAUAUGUUUAUGGUGUGUGAAUGGGCUAGUUUUGAACAAAGGGACCCCUUGUAUUGGGAUUGAAAUAUUGUUGUUAUGCUUCUGCAGAUUUUUUUUUCAUUUUCUUCAUGUAUCAGAUCUAUUAAAAAAUCUACACCUGUUUUACAUGAAAAAAUAUUUCUUUACUUUUACUUUUUUCAUGUAUAUCACCACUUGUGUGGGAGCAAAUAAUUUCCAUGUUUUUAAAAAAUAAUUUUUUCACGAUUGUGGUACUUAAAUGCAUUAAGUAGCAAAAAGUACCCGCUAGCACCAUUUUCUUCUAACGUUGUAGUAUACACUUUUCCCUUGACACUUUUCAGUCCAUAGUUUAUGUAAGUUUCUUCUUGUCAUACCUGGCUAUGGUAUACAUGUAUUCUUUUAAAGCAUAUUUACUCUUCCGUAUGAUAUUCAGAACUGGAUGAACAUGAUUUAUAAUAAUGUGUGUCUGAGACUCUCAAUCUUCUUUACCUCUUUUUUUCAACUCAGAAUUUAUCUGUAUGAGAUGUUUUUGUAACUUUUUUCUCUGUUGUCUGAUUUUUUAUUCUCGUUAGGUUUAUAUUAGGUUGCUCAUCUGCAGGGGUACGUGUAUCUCCCCGUUUAAAUUCAGUAUUUUUAGACUGGAAAUUCACAUCAUUGUUCUGUUUGUGAUAUGAUUUUUCCUUUCUUUCUAACCAAGUCCCGAUCUCAGGCGGUGUUGCUUCUUUUCUCUUUCUCUUUAAUCUCAAUUCCUGUCAAAUGUCCCAUAGUGUUUUUGAGUGUUCAGGCUGCCACUGUUUAAACAAAGGCGUUUGUGGUGUAGAUAUUUAGGGCUUCACUGUCUCAUGCAGGUGGCUUGAAUUUGAUUCCCAUGUGGGGAGAAUUUUUAUAGAGUAUUUCAGUCUUUCUACUGGGAAUACUGGGAUUUUGUAUCCUGACGACAGGCCUGGUCGAAGCCUUCCUGCUAAAUUAUCUAAAUUCUUUUGAAAAUAUUCCUUUACGAAGCCAUGUGAUUCUCCUUGUUAGUUUUUGUUUAAAACCUAUCAACCCAGUGACUGAUCGUUUUACAGGUAGAGUACUUGGUUCUGUAGUGAGGGUAUUGGAAAUAGCAGGAAAAGGAAAAACUAUAGAGGCUAUACAACAAGAAAAUACCUGAGAUCUAUGCAUACUCUCAGUGCACAUGUUCAUAUGCGAUAUUUUCCAGAAACUUAAAAUGGAAUGCUGCUGAUUUUUAGACACUGUCAGAACUGUGUGAUGAAUUGACCAGCUGGUCUAAAAAAGUGUCCUGUGUCGAGAGAGUGCCAUCUCUGAAGAUGUUGAUGUUUUCCUGCUUAGUGUUUUCAGUUAUUCUGGUUCCUAUCCUUAAAUUCGUGUUCGUUUUAUCACCUCUCUUUCUUGAUCAGAUAUAUCAUUUAUUCUGAAAUAGAUGUGGAUCUUGUAUUAUUGUGUUUGAAGACAGAAAAUAGAUUUGAAAUACUAAGUACAAGUACAA